AUGUCGAUAAUUGAUGUGGCCGUGCACCCUUAUUACCCCCUUGAUCUAGAGAUCGUGGGGUAUUUGGCCAAUGAAUGGGACACCUUGACCUUAGUGUCGCUCUUUGCAGUAGGAUGUACAGCUAUUUUCCUGAUGACAUAUCUUCUGGUGAUGAGAAUCCAGCCAAAAAUAUCAUCCGGUGAUUUGUGGACAAUUUUGUGGUUUGUGCUAUGUGGCUGUAUCCAUCUCUUUUUCGAGGGGUAUUUCGCAUACAAUUUUCGACGCAUGUCUAGCAUGCAGGAUCUCUUUGGACAACUCUGGAAGGAAUAUUCAUUGUCUGAUUCUCGUUACCAAACUCAAGAUGCUUUCGUCCUAUGCAUGGAGACCAUCACUGCCGUCUGUUGGGGCCCUUUGUCUUUCAUUUUGGCUGGCAUGAUCAUGAUUCAACACCCCCUGCGCUAUCCACUGCAGGCUAUUGUCUCCCUUGGUCAACUUUACGGGGAUAUUCUUUAUUAUGCGACCUGCAUGUUCGACCACUACAUUCUUGGUCUUUCAUACUCGCGGCCUGAGGCUUGGAUCUUUUGGGGAUACUUUGUCUUUUGCAACGCCUUUUGGAUUGUUAUUCCCUUGCUUCUGCUCUACAAUAGCUUGUCGAUCAGCAAGAAAGCAUUCCUUGCCCUGUCGGCCGCAGAAGGGAAAGAUGUCUCAAAGACGGCGAAAACAGAGUAA